CGGAUGUCAUGUUACUAUGGUUACAGGAUAGCCACGGCUAGUUUGUUUCAUCAUUCUGUUGUAACUAAAGCGGUGGGAAGUCCUAAAAAAACGCCGAGCCGCAUCCACAAGACCGACAAGGUCCGACACCGUCUCCGUUAGCUUAGCAAAUAGUAUCUACCGCCCGGUGUUGGUCAGACAUGUCCGGCGACCUGGCGGCAGUGUGGGAGGUCGCGCUCAGCGAUGGCGUCCACAGGAUCGAGUUCGAACACGGCACGACCACCGGGAAACGGGUGAUACACGUUGAUGGCAAGGAGGUGCUGAGGCGGGACUGGAUGUUCAAGCUGGUCGGGAAGGAGACUUUCACUGUGGGCAAACUGAACACCAAGGCAACCAUCAACAUCGACGCGGUCAGCGGGUUUGCCUACGAGUACACCCUGGAGAUCAACGGGAAGAGCUUAAAGAAGUACAUGGAGAACAGGUCAAAGGUCACGAGCACCUGGCUGCUCAACCUGGAUGGAGGCGACUUGAGGGUGGUCUUAGAGAAAGAUACCAUGGAUGUUUGGUGUAAUGGAGAUAAGAUUGAGACAGCUGGUGAGUUUGUGGAAGAUGGCACGGAAACACACUUCACUCUUGGCGACCAUAACUGCUGUGUGAAGGCUGUGAGCAGCGGGAAGCGACGAGACGGGAUCAUUCACACGCUCAUCGUGGACGGUGUAGAGAUUGCCGAAUGCACAGAGUGACUUUUGUGUUGAGGGGUUUGUUUGUUUGCUUUUUAAUUCCAACAACAACAAAUGUUUUACACUGCUGAGGGCACAGAUCACUUCUUUGAUAUGUUUGAUGUACUAAAUAGCUACUGAUGGGGAGGAUACCACAAUGUUCUGUCACACAACAAAAAUAUCUGCUGUCUGAACAUUUUACGUGGCAACAUUGUGAAAACACAGGAAUAACUUCACUGUACUAAAUUGUGAAAAAUAUUUACAGAAUAUUGUGCUGUACGUAGAUUAUAGAUCUAUUUAUUCGGGGUGUCCCGAUCCAAUAUUGACGUCGGUCUGAUAUCAGUUAAAAAAACAAGAAUCAUACAGCACGUUUACCCCAAUAAUUGAUCUUUCCUUGCAUUUUAGUGAAGUCAUUUACAAAAGGUUAACAUGGUAUAGGCUACUAGGAGCUAGCAGCUACACAACAGCUAAGCACACAAUAAGUACACAAGCGAGACAUACCUAAUAAGUGACCCCCCAAUGAACAAUAUUGCAGUCCAUAACACCACACUGCAAAAAACGAAAUGUAAAUAUCUCAAAUAAGGGUGAUAUUUGAUUAUUUUCUGUCUGAUAAGAUAAUUAUUCUCUAUAAGCAGAUUUUAUGUUACAGUGUUUUACUUGUUUUAAGGAUUUUGGUCCUAAAUGAUCUCAGUAAGAUAUUACAGCUUGUUGUUAAGAUUUUAUGACCUAUAUUGAGUAAAACAUGCUUGAAAUUAGAAUAUCAACUGUUGCAAAGCUGUGUCAUCAACACUCACAAGUAUAAAACUACUUUUUUAAAGUAGUAUUUUUUUUUUUCAAGAAUGAAAAAAAAAAAACAUGACUUUGACACAAUUGUGUCUCAUAAUUAAAACGGAUGACAGCCAAAUGGACUUUGCUGUUUUAUUUUCAAUGAAACAAUAUAAAAUACGUACUCAUAUAGUAGUACAGUUGUUAUUAGUGAGAAUAUACUUAUUUUAAGGUAUUUUUGGGUUCAUUGAAGUUAGCUAAUUUGACUUGUUUUGGAAAGUCUUGACAAGCCAAAUGUUCUUGUUCUAUUGGCAGAUAAUUUUGCUUCGUUCAAAUAAAAUACCCCUAAUUUUUGUAUUUUUUUUUCUUGUUUUUGAACACUGACUUUUUGCAGUGCACAUUUGUCAAUGUAAACAAGUAUCAACUAAUUAUAGUUGCGUAUAACUUUUGCAUACAAAGUCUCCAAGGCAGAAGCUUAGUAGAAAAUAUCCAGUAACAAACGUGUCCGCAUGAAUUAUUGUGGCCACCAGGGGUCGCCAAAAGUAUGUACCAUGAUUUGUGCUGAUAUCGUAUCGAAUUAAUAUCGGUAUCGGCCAAGAUUCAAGGCUCCAAUCAUGUAUCUGUCGUGGAAAAGUUGUAUCGGGACACCCCUACUAUUGAUUCUGUCAUUGUUUAGAAGAUUAAGUGGCAUUUACUAGGGCUGCAGCGAUCGAUUGUUUUAGUAAUCGAGUAAUCUAUCGAUUAGUUUGUUCGAAUAUUCGGACAAAACACACUUUAUAAACUCAAUGUCUCUUUUAAGAAAAAUAGAUUUUUCUGCCCGGCAUAACCUUCAUUCUUUUUUCAAGAAUGACCAACAUUGACAUUGCACUUGUAACAUGAUUGCAUUGAUAACAUUUUUUAAUAACAACUGCUGUUGGCCAGUUCUCAUGUGCGCUCUGCUGCAAACAAUGUCCGCAUAUUUAAAACUCCCGGCAAACCAGACGUCUGUAUUUUAUACAUUUUUUGAUUACUUGCACCUUUUAAAUGAUUAAUCAAAGCAACGGAAUAUAAAUCGAAUGUUUUUCUAAUCGAGUUAGCAUCUAUGUUCUAAUUGAAACAUAUUUUGUCUGAUUUGAAUCAUCCUCCAUUCUCACUCUUGAUUCCAAUAAUGAGUUGGAGGACCAGGAAUGACCAGGGUACAAACAUACAUUGAAUAUACAGUAGGAUCAUUCCAAUCCUGUAAGUGCACGGCUGUUUUUCUCAAAGUAAAACACGUUCAGGUGUUGGUUUAACAAAUCCAGUGUCUAUACAGUAGGAAGAGGAUUCAUGUAGCCCCAUUUGUCGCGGUUCACCUGACACAUGAAACGUAACAAAUUAGGGGGUUGCGCUAUCCACAUUAGCCGCCAGAUGGCAGUAGAGUGUUGAAUAUCUUAUCUUUAUAUCUUGUUUUAUGGCAUUUUCAACUUUGCUAUGUGAAGUGACGCUUCCCAUCAUUUUCAACAGACUGCAUUGAACAUUAUUUAGCCCCCCUCCCCACCCCCUUCCUCUCACACGAGAUACACCCAGGAAUGGUGCCAUAUGAAUCCCUUCCCGACUGUAAAUACAUUUUAGAAAACUGCAAUAAAUGUAAACACGUCCAGUGUUAGCAUUAGCAACUGUGUUAAGGUACAAUUUUUAUUUCUGUGAUUGUCAUUCCUGUGAUUUUUAGCAGUUGUGUUAAGAUUUUAGAAAGACUUUACUAAUUUAUACAUAACAGUGGACUUAACUUUAUAAAAUAGAUUCAAAACCGAAGAAAAGUAUGUCACAUUGUAUAGUUUUUUUCAUAUUCUUACUGUAAAGUGGCAGAGCAAUUUGUUUUCAUUGUGCUAAAUAAAAAUGUUACUUCGAAACAAUUAAAACC